AUGGUUGAAAUUCGAAUUGCCCACACCUCGUCCACUGUCGAUGCAGCCAAGCCUCUCCAGCAGCACCACGGGCUCUCUCAGCCCAAGUCCGCGGCCGCGCAGGGGCCCCCCCUGGGGGCCCCCCUGCAUCCCCAGGAGGCGCUGUUUCCGCGGCCGCUGGCUUGCUGCGGGAUCUCCGCAGCAGCUGCUGCUGCUGCGGAGCGGCCGCGCAGCAGCUGCAGCAGCAGCAGCAGCGGGGAGCGUUUCGUGAGCAGCAGCAGCAGCAGCAUGGAGACGGAGGGCCUGUGCGUGGGGCUGCGGAGCGUGGCGAUUGAGCCGACGUGCAGCAGCAGCCCGCCGCAGCUUGGGGCGCAGCAGCAGCAGCGCGCAGCAGCAGCAGCAGCAGCGGCUCGCGCUGCUGCGGCGAGCCUCGCAGCAGAGGGGCCCCCCGGGGGCCCCCCGAGCCCCAAAGACCGCCAGGGGGGCCCCCGAGAAGUGACUUUUGGAUUUAUUACCUUUCUUUUCUGCGGAGUGGCCUCGCUGGUGUGCUGGCAGUCGCUGCUGGGCAUGCUGCCCUACAUCGAGCAGCACGCCUACGGGGGGGCCCCCUACGGCAACAGCGUCUUAGGCAUUUACCAAGUGGGGUGCAUUGCUGUUCAAUUAUUAUUUAUUUUCUUUAUUGAUGCAAUGAAACCCUCUUUGGUGGUUUCUGCGGUGCUCUGCGACGCCGCGCUGGCCGCGCUGCUGCCGCUCGUGCUCACCAGGUGUACGUACACCCCAAGCCUCCUCCUCUUCCACGCCGUCGCUCUCCUCUUCGGAGUCUGCGCUGGGAUCGUCUCCGGGGGAUCGAUUGCCCUCGCCUCCUCCCUCCCCUUUGGCUUCAUUGGCUCCUUCUCCAUGGGCUGGUUUUUGGGGCAAGUGCAGCGGUGUCUCUGGUGUCAGCUGUGCUGCUGCUGGCGUCGCUGCAGCAGCCGUGGGCUCGCGGAGGGCUGCAGCGGUACUGGGUGGCGAAGCGCGCGCGGGCAGCAGCAGCAGCAGCAGCAGCAGCAGCAGCACAGGAAGAGCAGGAGGGCUCCCGGACGCGGUGCGGCGUGUGGUCGCUGUCGUGCGCGUGCUCUGCUGCAGCAGCUGCUGCUCCGCAGCCGCCGCAGCAGCAAAGCGCGUGGCAGCGUUUCCUGCGGCGGUGGAGAGGAACCCACGCAGCAGCAGCAGAAGCAGCAGCAGCAGGCAGCAGGAGACGCGCGGACGCAGGAGCUGGUGGUGAUCCGCAAGGGCGCGGGGAGCAGCAGCAGCAGCCUGACGAGCCCGCGCAGCAGCAGCAGCAGCUUCUGGCGGCUGCAGCCCGAAGGCGCCGAGACGGAAGGCGCCCCCGCAGCAGCAGCAGCAGCAGCAGCAGCAGCAGCAGCAGGGGAGAUCGACGAGAGCACGCUGCCGUCGCGCGGCUGGCGGCACGUUGCUGCUGCCAGCUGGCCGUACUUGUUCAGCGUGUUCUUCACGCUGGCUGUGAGCAUGCACUUGUACCCGCGGGUGGGGCCAAUUGGCUGGAGCAGCAGCAGCAAAAGUGCAGCAAAUGAACAAUAUAUAAUAUUAUUUGGAGUGUUUUGCAUGGGGGACUUCGUGGGAAAGGCGCUGCCGGACCUGUCGAGACACCCCAGGCUCCGCUGGCUGCGGCUCUCCCGCCGCGCGCUGCUGCUGCUGGUGCUGCUGCGGCCGCUGCUGGGAAUCUUCUUUGUUCUCGGCACUGUCUUCGUGGAACAUCCCUUUUUUAAUUCUUUUGCUCUUUACUUUUUCCUAAUUGCUGCUCUCGCGGUCACCAACGGCUGCUGCGCCACCACUGCCAUUGCUGGCGCCUGUGCUGCUGUCCCAAGAUUCGAGGAAAAGGAAAUCGUCGGGCCUGCUGCAGUGCUGCUGCUGCUCCUGGGCAUUGCCUGUGGGGUCUACUCUGCCUACAUCUACUGA